CACGAACUAAACCAGGAAGUCUUGGACAUUCGCCUGACAUUCGAGUUUCUUUCGGCUCGUUCUCGGCUAAUAAACAUCCAAAAAUGAGUGAAACUGCAUUAACUGAUUCUGCAGUAAACAAGGAACAAACUACAAUCAAAUAUGUUUUAAAAGUUUUUUCUGUACAUGUUUAUUUUCUGUUAUUUUGUAAAUGUGAGGUUCAUCCGCGUUGAAAUGGUAAGGAAGUGCUAAGGGACCGUCUACAAAGUGCAUGAAGCCGAGGUGUAGUUAUUACCCAGUGGCAUGUACCAUUCAAUACAACUGUAUAAAGUCCUACAGUAUGGGUACAGUAACAAUAUAUAGUGUCAACAAUUCUAAAUUAAUUAUUUUAAUAUAAUAAACGAUGCAAUAGUUACCUAGUGACAUGUACCACCCACUACACUUCAAUUAUAAAAACAACCCUACAGUAUGGGUACAGUAAUAAAUAAUUAAAAGUAAAAAAAACAUAAGUUUUUUUCAUAUAACCAAUGAUGUAGUAGUUAACUAGUCACCUGUACUAGUUACUACAACCACAUUAUAGAAGUCCUACAGCAUGGGUACAGUAACGAAUCAUAAAAUGUACUACAGUAAAGGUACAGUAAUAAUAAAAUAUAGAAGAUUAACAACAAUUGAAAAACGCAUAUUUUGGUAAGACGAAGGUUGUAGUAGUUAACUACUCACAUGUACUAGUUACUACAACUACAAUACAAAUUAAAAGUCCUACAGCAUGAAUACACAAGGUAAUUAACAUUUUUUUUUUAAAUGAACAAAAAUCGAUCAUAACGCUCACGAACUAAACCAGGAAGUCUGAGCUGCUGUAAAUAACUUACUGUGUUUACUGGUGUUUCUGUUUACGUGUAGUAAAAUGGCUGAGUCCAAAAUUUCAGUAGCUCAGGACGAGUUCAACUGUUCAGUCUGUCUGGAAACACUGAAGGAUCCAGUUGCUAUUCCAUGUGGACACAGUUUCUGUAUGGUGUGUAUUAAUAACUGCUGGGAUCAGGAGGAUGAUAAGGGAACAUACAGCUGUCCACAGUGUAGACAAACCUUCACUCCAAGACCUGUUGUGAGGAGAAACAUUAUUUUGACUGGAGUUGUGGAGAACCUAAGGAAGAGAAAAUCCCAAGUUCCACUUCCUUAUGGACCUGAAGAUGUGGAGUGUGAUUACUGUACAGAGAGAAAAUGCAAAGCAGUAAAAUCCUGUCUGGCGUGUUUGGCCUCUUUCUGUAAAACUCACAUUCAGCCUCAUUAUCAAAUUCCUGUUUAUAAGAAGCACAAGCUGGUUGAAGCCUCCAGACAAUUCCAGGAUCAGAUCUGCUCUCAGCAUGAUAAACUGCUGCAGGUUUACUGUCGUACUGAUCAGCAGUGUAUCUGCAUGUUGUGUAUGCUAGACAAUCAUAACGGACAUAUUACAAUAUCAGCUGCAGCAGAAAGAACUGAGAAACAGAAGCAGCUGCUGGAGAUCCAAAGAAAAUUCCAGGAGAAAAUCCAGAACAGAGAGAAGGAACUUUGUGAGCUGAUAAAUGCUGUGGAGUCUCACAAGUGUUCUGCACAGACAGCAGUGGAGAACAUUGAGAGGAUCUGUACUGAACUAAUCAACUCAAUUAACAGAAGAUGCUCUGAGCUAAAAGAUCUGAUCAGAGAUCGAGAGACAGCAGAAGUAAGUCGAUCUAAAAAAGUCCUGAAACAGGCAGAGCAGCAGAUUGUAGAGCUGAAGAGGAAAGAUGCUGAACUGGAACAGUUUUCACACACAGAGGAUCCCGUCCAUUUCCUCCAGAAUUUUCAGUCUCUCUCGGCUCCUGCUGGAUCUGCAGAAUCAGCCGCCAUCACAAUCAGUCCUUUCCUCUCAUUUGAUGAUGUUACAAAGUCUGUAUCUCAGCUGAGAGAGAAAGUAGAAGAAUUCUGGAAAGAGCAGUGUGAGAAGAUACCAGAUGGAGUGCAGAAAGUCUGGAUUAUUUCACCUCCUGAACCUGAAAUCAGAGAAGAUUUUCUACAAUAUGUUUGUCGGUUCACACUGGAUCCAAACACAGUAAAUAAAAACCUCCGUCUGUCUGAGGAGAACAAAGUGGUGACCUGGAGUGGAACAUUACAGUCGCACAAUAACAAAAAGACUGAAAUUCCCACAAUGCCGAGUUCCUCUAGAAUAGGAGUGUAUGUGGAUUAUGAAGCAGGAACUCUGUCCUUCUACAGCGUCUCUGAUACAAUGAAGCUCCUCCACAGAGUUCAGACCACGUUCACUCAGCUCCUCUACCCGGGGUUUUGCCUUUCUUCAGGAUCAAAAGUGAAACUGUCAGAUUGAACAAAUUAAAUGUAAAAUUUACAUGAAAGUGUAACAUUAAACUGUUUGAGUGAUUUUAGAAUCUGUGAGGCAGUGAUACAUUUAUGAAGAUUUUCUUUUUCAAUUUAUUAACCACCAUUUAUUCAGUGCUGUGAAAAAGUAUUUGCCCCUUUCCUGAUUUCUUCUUUUCUUAAAUAUUUAUCAUCUAAAUGGAUCCAGAUAUUAAAACUAAAUGAAAUAAAAGACAAACUGAAUAUUUAAAAACUUGAAAGAGAAAAUGUGUGUACAUUACAAAAUGGUAAAUGUGAUCAUUUUCACCUUAAACUUCUUUCUUCCCAAGUCUAUUAUAAGCAAAAUCUUAUUAUAAAAAUGAUAAUUUUCCUUUUGAACCACAGGUUGGUCAUUUCAGCAGUAGGGAGCGCUUAUGAGCAGUAAUAACUGAGAGAUGUUUGGUGUUUCUAGGCUGUUUAGUACAUUAAGCCACAUGAGGUGUUUUAGACUUUCCUGGAGAAGCUGAUUCUCACCUGAUUUCUCCUGAGCUGUAAAACACAAGUUUAAAAGUGAAACCAGCACAUGGUGAGGAAUAAUACAGCAGAACUUAGAUACGUGUGGAUGGUUUCAGAGGGGAUUUGAUUCUUUCACAGAAAUAAUUAUUUGUAUUGUGGUCUGUUCGUUCAGCUUUCAUCAGUUUAUCUCUGCUCAUUCAGCCUACAGCAGUUUAGAUCCACUUGUCCACCAAUUUGCCUCCACAGUGACCCUGUGUAGCGAGAGAGAUUUGAUUUUUAAAAUAACAUUUUAUUACAACAUGCAAAUAUACAAAUUAAAUUUAUAAUUUUAAAAUUGUACAGGAAACAAACAUAACAGUAACAUUAAAAAGUAAAAUGCAUAAUACUUUUCUACAGCACCAUGUUUUUACAUUAUUUAAUGUCAUGCAUCAGUUUAUAAAAACGAUAAUGUAUCAAUAUUUUACACUUAACCAGAGCAUAAAAUAAAACUAUUGCAUCAUG